AUUUGGUGGAUUUGGUUGCACUGAAUCUUCAAUUAGCUGGCAUUGUUGUUGAUAAUCGGUUACGCUUCUAGCUGGAUCAUUAUUGUCGUUAGGAAAAUUUGGAAACAGAAGAUAAAAUAAAGUACAACGUGAACCACGUUGGUUUUUCUUUCAGCUUUUUUUGAACGCAUUUUGUUCUGUCUGAGACGCUGACAUGACGUUGUUUAGCUCAUCGAUUUGAAUUCUUGGAUUUCGCAGACCUGGGCAAAGGAACGAGUUUUAAGAGAACAAAUUGAGGACAAGGGGCAGGUUGAUGGUUCAAGAGAUUUGGGUUUCCUUGUUGCUGGGAAUGUGUUAAGUUAAAUAUAACUCUACAUUGAGCUGAAUUCUGGUUAAAUGACACGGGGGAGGAUAAGGGCGAGGCUCCGGAGGAGCAAUCUUUACACAUUUGGUUGCCUUAAGCCUUCUACUCUUGAGGAUGCACCUCAUCCACUUCAAGGUCCCGGGUUUUCGCGUACUGUGUAUUGCAAUCAGCCUCUUCUUCAUGAAAGGAAGCCUCUAUAUUACUGCAGGAAUGAUAUAUCCACGACUAAGUACAAUGUUCUUACGUUUGUCCCCAAGGCACUCUUUGAACAAUUCCGUAGGGUUGCUAAUAUAUACUUCCUUUUGGCUGCGUGUCUCUCGGCCUCUCCAAUUUCACCUUUCAGCCCACUGAGCAUGAUUGCUCCUUUGGCAUUUGUUGUGGGGCUCAGUAUGGCAAAGGAAGCAUUGGAAGAUUCUCGUAGGUUCGUUCAGGAUGUCAAAGUUAAUCGCCGAAAGGUUAAUCGUCAUAAAAGCGAGGGUAGUUUUAGUCCCAGGUCGUGGCAGACCAUUAUGGUUGGGGAUGUGGUAAAAGUGCAAAAGGAUCAAUUUUUUCCAGCUGAUUUGCUUCUGCUGUCAUCGAGUUAUGAGGAUGGUAUAUGCUAUGUGGAGACUAUGAAUUUAGAUGGUGAGACAAACUUGAAGGUGAAACGAUCUUUGGAGUCUACCUUGAAUCUAGACAAUGACGAAGUUUUUAAAGAUUUCACUGGAACAAUACGUUGUGAAGACCCAAACCCGAAUCUUUAUACAUUUGUUGGAAACUUAGAGUAUGAGCGCCAGAUUUAUCCUCUUGAUCCUAGUCAAAUUCUUCUCCGAGAUUCUAAGCUCAGGAACACUGAGUACAUCUAUGGGGUGGCCAUUUUCACUGGUCAUGACAGCAAAGUCAUGCAAAAUUCUACAAAAUCUCCUUCCAAACGAAGCACAAUAGAAAAGAAGAUGGAUUAUAUUAUAUACACCCUCUUCACUGUCCUUAUUUUGAUAUCUGUUAUUAGUUCCAUAGGAUUUGUCAUCAAGACUAAGUACCAAACCCCAAGUUGGUGGUAUUUAAGGCCGGACAAUAUAGAAUACCAGUAUGAUCCCAACAAAAUUGGAGUAGCUGGAAUGAGUCAUCUGAUUACUGCGCUCAUUCUUUAUGGAUAUUUGAUACCCAUUUCACUUUAUGUUUCCAUCGAGGUAGUAAAGGUUUUACAGGCUACCUUCAUCAACCAAGACAUUCAAAUGUAUGAUGACGAUACUGGAACUCCGGCUGAUGCACGGACUUCAAAUUUGAAUGAAGAGUUGGGUCAGGUAGAUACUAUCUUGUCAGAUAAAACUGGAACUUUGACCUGCAAUCAGAUGGACUUUUUGAAGUGCUCCAUUGCUGGUAUUGCAUAUGGUGUGCGUCCCAGUGAUGUUGAACUUGCUGCUGCAAAGCAGAUGGCUUCUGAUACUGAGGAACCUGAUUCAGAUCUUUCCAAUUUUCCCCUGCCUAAGGCGAAAGUGCGAGUUUCAUGGGAUGAUGUUAAAAAAGAUGAAGAAAUUGGACUGGAGGCUGUUGUUACUUCCAAAGGAGACGAGGAUCAAAAGCAUGCCAUAAAGGGAUUUGGUUUUGAAGACGACCGUCUCAUGAAUUGUAAUUGGUUGAAAGAGCCCAAUGCUGACGACCUUUUGAUGUUCUUCCGAAUCCUAGCAGUUUGCCACACUGCCAUUCCUGAACUGAAUGAGGAGACCGGUGUUUAUACGUAUGAAGCCGAGUCACCCGAUGAAGGGGCUUUUCUUGUAGCAGCAAGAGAAUUUGGCUUUGAGUUUUGCAGAAGGACUCAAUCAAGUAUUUUUGUACGUGAAAAGUUUUCUGCUUCUAGACAAGUGGUUGAAAGAGAGUACAAACUUUUGAAUCUGCUGGAUUUUACUAGUAAAAGAAAACGUAUGUCAGUGAUCGUGCGUGAUGAGGAGGGCACUGUCUUUCUUAUGUGCAAAGGGGCUGACAGUAUCAUAUUUGAUCGAAUGUCAAAGAAUGGAAAAAAGUAUUUAGAGGCUACUACCAAGCAUCUAAAUGAGUACGGAGAAGCUGGUUUGAGAACACUCGCCCUGGCUUAUAGAAAGCUUGAGGAGCAAGAAUUCUCGGCUUGGAACAAUGAAUUUCAGAAAGCCAAAGCAUCUGUUGGGGCUGAAAGAGAUUCAAUGCUUGAGCGAGUAUCAGAUAUGAUGGAAAAAGAGUUGAUUCUUGUUGGGGCUACUGCUGUGGAAGACAAACUGCAGAAAGGGGUUCCCCAAUGUAUUGAUAAUCUUGCUCAAGCUGGUCUUAAGAUCUGGGUGUUGACAGGUGAUAAGAUGGAAACUGCAAUCAACAUUGGAUUUGCUUGCAGUUUGCUUCGACAGGGCAUGAAGCAGAUCUGUAUAACUACUCCGGUCACAGAUUCUGUAACCAGUGAUGUCAAACAGUUCUUUUGUUUAACACCCCAGGCCAUCAAGGAUAACAUUGCGAACCAACUCACCAAUGCUUCCCAAAUGAUAAAACUGGAGAAGGAUCCUCAUGCUGCAUUUGCAUUAAUUAUUGAUGGGAAAACUCUGACAUAUACUUUAGAAGAUGAUAUGAAGCUCCAAUUUUUGGCAUUGGCGGUUGAUUGUGCAUCUGUCAUCUGUUGUCGUGUGUCUCCCAAGCAAAAGGCACUGGUUACAAGAUUAGUGAAACAAGGUUCUGGAAAGACUACUCUAGCAAUAGGUGAUGGUGCAAAUGAUGUUGGGAUGAUUCAAGAAGCAGAUAUUGGCGUUGGAAUCAGUGGGGUGGAAGGUAUGCAGGCAGUGAUGGCUAGUGACUUUGCGAUUGCCCAAUUUCGAUUUCUAGAGAGGCUUCUGGUAGUCCAUGGACAUUGGUGUUACAAGAGAAUCGCACAAAUGAUAUGUUAUUUCUUCUACAAGAAUAUUGCAUUUGGCCUCACCAUCUUCUAUUUUGAGGCUUUCACAGGCUUCUCUGGUCAAUCAGUUUAUGAUGACUGGUAUAUGAUAUUGUUCAAUGUUGUUCUGACAUCAUUACCUGUUAUUUCACUCGGUGUUUUUGAACAAGAUGUUCCAUCAGAAGUUUGUUUACAGUUUCCUGCACUGUAUCAACAAGGACCCAGGAAUUUAUUCUUUGACUGGUAUAGAAUAUUGGGAUGGAUGGGCAAUGGUCUCUAUUCCUCACUCAUCAUCUUCUUUCUCGUGGUCACCAUCUUCUACGACCAAGCAUUUCGUAGUGAUGGCCAGAUAGCUGACAUGGCUGUUGUUGGGACCACUAUGUUCACUUGCAUAGUCUGUGCUGUCAACUGUCAGAUUGCGUUGACAAUGAGCCACUUUACAUGGAUUCAGCACCUGUUUGUAUGGGGAAGCAUAUCCACUUGGUACAUCUUUCUCAUAUUGUAUGGAAUGCUUACUCCAGAAUUAUCCAAGAGUGCCUACCAAAUACUGGCCGAAGCUCUUGGUCCUGCGCCUAAUUAUUGGAUAACAACCAUUUUAGCUACAGUUGCUUGUAAUCUUCCUUAUUUUGUCCACAUUUCCUACCAAAGAUGUUUUUAUCCCAUGGAUCAUCACAUUAUCCAAGAAAUUAAGUACUACAAGAAGGAUAUUGAAGACCAACACAUGUGGACAAGGGAGCGUUCUAAAGCCAGACAGGAAACCAAGAUUGGUUUCACCGCAAGAGUGGAAGCAAAGAUCAGGCAACUGAAGGGAAGGCUGCAAAAGAAGCAAGCUUCCAUAGCUAUUUCAGCCCCAUCCCCAUCGUGACACUAUACAUAAUUUAACAGUUUUGGGUAUUUUUAGGGUUGCUCAUAUUGUUUGAUUCAAUGGGUGGUGAAUUAAAGACCCAUUCACUACGGAAAAGCAUAGAAGUUGCUGCUGUAUGUAACAUAUUUACGUAGAAGUGUCAGUGUGCAAUUCUCUUACCACAUGGUUAUGAUUCAAUUGACCUUGAAGAAGUGAAACAGCUAAGUUGUACUGUUAGUAUUUUUCCCCCUCUUCUUGAGCUAAGUUUUUUUUUUUUUUUAAUAGUUUUAUUUGGUUAGAACAUCAAAUCCCCAAAAUUUUCUUCCAAAAUGGAUGAAGUCCACUGUGUAUUCUUUAUACUAUUCAAAUUCUUCGCAUUGACUGUA